UCAGAUAUCUGGCUUGAAUCACAGUCACUUAAAAAGAGACACAGGAAGUCAUCUGAUGGAUCCAUGCUCUCUGACAAAAGACGGAAGCCUGUCACUGUUACAGAUAUCCUUUUAGAACUCUACACUAAUAUGUUUCUGAAACUGUGAUCCAUAAAGAUAAAUUAAGUUUAACACCUUCUCCUGUUGAAUUGACUUAACCUUUAAUUUCCUAAGAUCUGAUUGUUAAUUCUCUCCUCUAUCUGCAACACUUUUCCAUGUAAAUUAGUUAGGAGAAUUUGUGUCAUAUCAUCAUGAUGACAACUUCAAUUUUGAGAAUUCUCAUCACCUGUUUACUAGAUAAUGUAUGGAGAAGCUACAUGUCAAUCACUCCAAAGGAGUCUGAAGGUUAACCUUCCAGUGACCUUCCUUACUGGCAACCUAGCCAUACACAUCCAUAUUCCCCUUUGCACACAUCAAACUCAACACAGAGGAUUCAUUGGAAAUCAUAAACAGUAAAGAUAAUUAAAAAGAGAAAGAAAGUCUGUAAAGGGACAGAAAGAAUCAGGAACCAAUUAAGAAAUCUGUGAUCAAAGCCAGUUCAAAUUCAGGUACAAUGUACAUUUAUGAAGAAGUGCAAAGGUACUAGUAGAACUUAAACCUGUCAAAAACCUUAGGCUACAUUCAGUGGUAUGGGAAGCACAUAGAUGUUAGCAUGGUUAUAAUAGCAUGUUAGAAAAUAUCAGUUCUACCCUUAAGCUACCACCUUUGGCUCCUGGUUAUUAACUAAGUUAUAUUACAUUCAGUUUGAAGAAAAACGGUUAUUGCAGAUUUAAGUCAAAAGUAUUCUCUUUGUCUUUUCUUAACCUUACCCAAGUCCCUAUAUUGUGUAUAUGUUAAGAGAAAUGGAUAUUCUUGAAGACUGGGCAGCCAUCAGGAAGGUAAAUCUUGAGGUGUUUUUAUCAGAAUUUUUUUUUUUUGGAUAUGAGAGCUGUAUUUAUUUUUCUGUAUUUAUUGUUUUGUUUUCCAAUUACAACUGCCGGUCUGUUUCCAAUAAAAAAAUGAUAUGCUAUAACAGAAUUUUUUUUUUGAAAGGCAAAAGGGGCAUUGGCAAGGAGAAGACAAGAAAGUAGGACAUUAUUUGAUUUACCUACAUUUCCAAAAUAAUUUUGCAAUUGUUGGCCAUUGAUACAAACAAAUUGAUCAUUUGUUUGGAAUGGCUAAUAUGCUUGUAGAUUUAACAACAUUUUUUUGUACCUGACUGUGGCAUUGUUGUUAGAACACCUGCCAACAAAAUACAGUUUAAGAGGCUUGUUGAUCAUACUUAAACUCUGUUCUCCUUGAUAUAAAACACUCAAUAACACAGCUUCCUUCAUCAUUACUAGAAUGUACAAAUUAUGCAUUACUACUUAAUGAUGAAUAUCUUUAUGCUGGAUGGUAGAGUAGAAUUUUGAUUUCCAUUGGAGAAUAGUCCAUUAAAUUUGAAUACUUAUCAAUUUUAAGCAUUUUGGAAUGAAGAACUAAGCCUUGAUCAUUCUACUUUGAGCUUGAUUUUUGAUCUGCCAAAAAUCUGUUUUUUCUUUUUAUCGAUUUUGGGUUUGAUGAAGUCCUUCUAGGAGUUAUUAGAGGAGAAAACCUUCAAGUCUGAGUAAGGUUAUUAAUGUUUUGGAAAUUUGAAUCAUUAAACUCUGUUAUUUCAUAUAUAGGUGGUUGUCAAUCUGAGAAAAGUCCAUUCAGUGCACGAUAUGAAGAUGGAAAGCUUUACUAUGAAGGAGAAUGGUAUGUGGUUCUGUGA